UCAGGCGGCCAUGGCCCAGGACCACAACGCAACAGCACAGCAGCUGCCACAGGAUCAGCAGCUGCUGGAAUAGAAGGGUGUUCCCUCUCGAGAAUGAACAUGAUACCGCUAUAUGGAUUGGUCGUUUGGAUGGGGAUCUUGUGCACGAUCCCAACAACUGUGUCGAUCGAUAUUCCCCCGUAUUGCGAUCACCACACAACGAUCACCAGCCAGUACGAAGACUACUUCAACAUCGACGAGAUGGGCAACAACCGAACCGACAAGAACGUCGUAGACCUACUCCUCUACGUUCAACUGUCCAACAAACAGGAGGAAAUCGCUCUUCUCCUGUCGGCCAGUAACCGUUCCCGUCAACACCCAGACUACGAGAAGACCUACGAGAUCCGCAUCAGUAACGUCUACACCGUGAUUUACAAGGAAACUCUCCGGAUGUCCGCUCACCACAGCCACUCGUUCAACUUCUUCCCUGCCAAGCACUUCCAGCUACACAUCAAGAUCACCCGCAAAGGUUUGAUCACGGUCGUGAUCGACGGUCUCGCCAAACCCAUCCUCUCCGUAGUCGAUGAAAACCCGGCGAUCGACGUGCACUUCGCUAGUUUUGGAUCACGAAUGAAUGCCUAUCCGAUCACGUGGUACUUCAACUGUCGAUCACCUCCAACGACCAGUCUGCCGGAAACGGAGAAACCCGGCGAAAAUGAAGGCGAAGAUCACUUCAGUCAGAACGACGCUGCGGAACUGGAUGAAAACAAGUGUCCCGUUUGCCCAAAGCCGGCCAAGUGUGAAGUGGUGGUUCGGGCUUGCUCUGAUACCUCGCAGGAUCUGCUGCAGAUGAGUGAUGCCGAGAAGCAGAAGUACUUUUUCUAUUUUAACGUGUACUUGAGCAAGAACGGCAAGAAUGGAAAGGCGAUCGCUUCCGGAUUCAACAAUGAUAACAAGAUUGAUUAGAAAGGAAUUGAGGACCAGAAUUGACAUAUCCGGCGAUAGACGCAUAUCUUACAAAUGGCAAUUGAAUUCUUCCAAUUUUCAAAUUCUUCGUAGAUUUAGUAUUUACUCUCUUCAUUAUAGAUUGUUAAUCUAGUGUUCUACAUAUCACAUUUUAAAGAAAAACUAAAACUUCUUCUCUUACGAUUUGUGCUACUCAAUCUAUGCAAUUCGUGUUUCUACAAGUUUACUAGUUUGGAUGAUAGUUUCUUGGCUUGCAAUCUUUACUACGUAGUGCACAUUGAUGAUAAUAAAACAUGACAAUAAAUGAUGCUAAGUAUG